AUGCAGCGUCGAGGAGCCAUCAGCCGCGUGGACCGACACCACAAAUCGUCUAUUAACACCUUGAGGAGUCCUGCAGUGCAACAAGCAUUGAGAAUCCGUUUUCCGGGAGCAGCCGGAGAGACGGCGUCGGACUGCGCGAGACUGGCGACUCUUACACUAGCGUUUGAGAUUUGGUUUUCCGCUCAGUCCGUCGGCACCGUCAUGUUUCUGGCGGCGGAGUUUCUCGGGCCCUCCAGCUGUCAGGAACAGCAGACGCCACUGGAAGUCCGAUGGACGACACUCCGCUGCCUUUAUGCAGCGUCGAGGAGCCAUCAGCCGCGUGGACCAACACCACUCAUUACUGUAGAUAUUGACUCCGAAAAGAUUAUGAUGGCCAAGCAAAAUGCCGCCAUUUAUGGAGUACUCGAAAAAAUUGAGUUCGUUGUUGGAGACUUUUUCAAACUGGCAAGUCAGUUAUAG